UUGUCUUUAUGCAAACAUCAAACUAAGGAUGGCAAAAAUGAGUCUCUCUUCCUAUAUAUUAAUAUUAACCUUUUCUCUGUUUUCUCAAGGUAUUUUACUUUCAGCUUCCAAGUCCAUAAGAAAUUUAGAAGAUGACAUGGUGUUUAAUACAUUUCGGAUGGGGAAAGCCUUUCAGAAGGAAGAUACUGCAGAAAGAUCAGUUGUUGCCCCUUCUCUGGAACAGUAUAAAAAUGAUGAGAACAGUUUCAUGAAUGAUGAGGAAAACAAAAAUUCAAAGAACACAGGCUCCAAACAUAAUUUUGUGAGUCAUGGUCUGCCACUGAAUCUGGCUAUAAAGCCUUAUCUUGCAUUAAAGGGAUCUGUAGCUUUUCCAGCUGAGAAUGGAGUUCAGAAUACUGAAUCAACACAAGAAAAGAGAGAAAUUGGGGAUGAAGAAAACUCAGCUAAGUUUCCAAUAGGAAGGAGAGAUUUUGACAUGCUCAGGUGCAUGCUGGGGAGAGUCUACCGGCCUUGUUGGCAAGUCUGAUACCUGUUGGUUCACGUCAUCUUUGGGGAAG